AUGAGUCACGGAGACCGUUACACCUCGUCGUCCUACCGGAAGAUUUUCGGGGAUUCUCCCAAGUUCCCCGUGGCCUCCUCCCGCAUGGGCAGCGCCUCUCACCGGGGCUCCCCGGGGCUCCGGGCCAUGGCUGGCUCCCGCAACAGCGGGUCCUCCCUGAGCCUGUACAGACGGAUCGGCCGCUCCACCUCUUACUCUCCGGUACCCAGUGACUCCCUUGACUUGACCCAGACCUCCGUGGUCAACAAUGAAUUCAAAGUUAUUAGAACUAACGAGAAGGAGCAGCUGCAGCAGGAGCUGAUAGAACUACGCUCGCAGGUGGAUGAGCUGAGCCGGGACAAGAACCGCAUCCUUAUAGAAAGGAACAACAUGGAGGACGAGCUGCAGAUGGUGGAGAGUGAGUUUCGAAGCCAUGGAGCCCAGGCUGUGGGUAUGCUGACGUCUCAGAUGGCAAGUACAGACUAUGCCUGCUUCAUCAAGUGGCUGUUUAACUACUCCAGACACUCAAAGAUGGUGUGCCGGCUGUUUUCCGUGGAUGUGGUGAUGGUUUUGCUGGAGCAGCCAGAGAGGAGGCCGGAAGAGUGUCUGGACCCAGAGCUCACCUGCUUCCUGCCACACAAGUUCUUGAUCCAGAGCCUGCUGUUUGCUCGGCGGAUGGACGACUCGCCCACUGUUCUCGCCUGCCUGGCCCAGUGUCUGGAGCUGCCUUCUUUCAACGUCACGCGGGCUGUCCACAACCUCUUCUCUGCUACUGGAACCCAGACAGUACUGGAAGGUGAAAUUACAGAAGGAGGUUCCCAAAACAGUCAGAAAACCUACCGCACUCUGCCGUUCAGGACUGUGGAGAUGAGCACCACUGACGUCUCCGACUGUGACGCAAAAGAGAACCUGGCUCUUCUCCUGAAGCGUGUAAAAGAUUUGAAGACUAACGUGAGAAAAUCAGCAUUGCAGGCCCUUGUGGGUCUCCUGAAACACAACGUAAUCCCCAUGAGCUGGGAGAACCUGGCUAUACUGUCAGAGCGGUGCAGAGACCCAGCUGUUUCUGUGAAGAAGAAGGCCCUGCAGUGUAUAGGAGAGCUGCUGACUGCUAAACCAGAGUGCAGUGUGGUGCAGAAGGCAUGGCUUCAGGGCGUGGUGCCAGCUGUGGUAGACUCUGAAAACUCAGUGCAGGACAAGGCCCUGGAGGCUCUGGACCAAGUUCUGCUAAGCCAGGUCAAACCGUACUCUGCCAGUCGCCACCUGGAUGCCAGUCAGAGGCUGACCUGGGACCUGCUAGGCCUGCUCUGUCAUGAUUGCCAGAACCUCAGCUCUUGUCUGUAG